GUGAUGAUUAGCGCCCAGAUGUAUAAGAGGCCGCCAGCUCGACGCGCCCUGCAUCUUAUCCUUAACUCUCACCUCAGCUUUUAGAACUCACCCAGAAUGCCAUCGAUCAAGGUCGGCGACAAGCUCCCCGAGGGCAAGUUCACCUACGUGCCCUACAGCCCCGAGCUCGAGGAUGGGCUCGCCUGCGGCGUCCCGGUCCCCUACUCGACCGAGGAGUGGAAGGGGAAGAAGGUCGUGCUCUUCUCCGUCCCGGGCGCGUUCACGCCCACCUGCCACGUCAACCACCUCCCACCCUAUCUGAAGAAGUACGACGAGUUCAAGGCGAAGGGUGUCGAUAUCAUCGCUGUCGUGGCUGCGAACGACCCCUUCGUGAUGAGCGGCUGGGCGCGCGUUGAGGGCCUCAAGGACAAGAUUCUUGCCCUCUCCGAUGCCAACGCGGCCUGGGCCAGCCAGCUCGGCCUCUCUGUCGACUUGUCCUCCAAGGGCUUUGGCAUCCGCACUGGCCGCUGGGCUGCCAUCAUCGACGACCUCACUGUCAAGUACAUUGAGGCCGAGCCCAACCCGGGCGAGCUCAGCGUCUCUAGCGCCGAUGCUGUCCUCUCGAAGCUCUAGGCGACCUUCGUGUGACCGUCAAGCCUGCUAUAGCUAUGUAAACUAGAUAGAAACCCAAUGUACAUUUAUGGUGAAUGAACUUGGAGAGCUAGCUUCUUUAUCGUCCCAGGAUUGGUUGGUGAUUGGACGGAAGUUUACCAUUCUGGUCUCGUGCGCCACGUUUGGGGAUGGUAGCUGGCGCCGUCGUCCAUCAUUGACGCAAUCGGAGACUACGUCCAUCCAUUGUAUAUGCAGGGGCUUGCAUUCAAAUGUGACUCAUGUAUAUCGUACAUACUGCAUGUGCUAGGUCCACGUAUAGAGCGAAAAUAUGUCAUCAACG